CAUCCGUGACGUCAAUUGGUCCCUCGUGUCCGUCAAUCAACUGGCGUAACAAAGGUGUCGUUGCUCCGCCGCCGUUGACAGGUGAUGUACGCCAACAAUGGGACGACGGCGGCCGGCGACCUCGGCGGACAGUCGCGUCCGCUCCGCGUGUAGACAUCCAGGGUGACCCGUGAUGAGCUCGGCGUUGAGCGCAAACGGUUCCCUCGACAGCUGCGCCGGACGGGACGGGACGGGACGGGACGGGAAGCCCGUGGAUGUAGCCCAGCAGCCUGCUAGCCGACCGCCGAGAAACGUAGCCAUUGUUUCAGUUGUUGGCUAACAUGGCAACAAGAGCUACAGGCUAGCAGCGAGCGUCGGCUGCACGGGACUCGUCGUGGCAGGAGCUAUUGCUGGGGUCCCCCUGCAGGAUGUGUGACGGUGGUGAGGCCAGUGAACAGUGCCUGUCCCUCGCUACUCCCACCUCACCAACUCCCUGAAUCUCUCUCCCAGUCCGCCAAGAUGACCGACAGGAAGGAACCACCCUUCUUUAAUGACGACAGUGCGGGAGCUUUACACUACAAGAUCCCUUUCUAUGACACUAUGGAGCUCUUCAUAGAGACCCUGACCGGGACCUGCUUUGAGCUGCGCGUGUUGCCCUUUGAGGCCGUCAUUUCAGUCAAGGCAAAGAUCCAGAGGUUGGAAGGUAUCCCUGUUGCCCAGCAACAUCUCAUCUGGAACAAUCUGGAGCUAGAUGAUGAACAGUGUCUCCAUGACUAUGGCAUUGCAGAAGGCUGCACUUUGAAGCUGGUCUUAGCUAUGAGGGGAGGGCCGAUCAACACCAGGAGAGUAACCAUGGAGGAUCCUAUGAAAGAGGUGGCUGACCUGAUGGAGAGCACGAAGGAGGAGGGUUGGGAGAAGAGCGUGGCCAACAAGCAGGUCACGUUUGUGGUCUAUCGCGAGGGCGAACAGCUGAGCUUCUUCCGAGUGGUUGACAGGGGAGAUGGCACCCUGACCCCCUUGUCUGAAUCUCUCAGCGGUGGUUCAGUGUACAAUAUGUACACAGAAGCGGAGGAGGACGGAGAGACUAAUGCAGCUGCACAGCAGACCCACGAGAACUCCAUCACCAUGAACAAAAUGAAGCUGCUUAAAGCCAAGAUGGAGGACAUGAACCUCAACAAGAAACCGAAGAAGUCAGCGAAGGCGAAACCGCGCCCCCCCGUCAGCCCACAACCCUGCGGCGGCUCUCUAGGACCUCCUGGCACUCGACACCACCACCGCCUCUUCCGCUCUCUCCCGCAGAUCAACCAGCCUCGGCAGUCGAAUGCACAACUACCUCCAAUCGCUCACCACGAAUCCAUAGACCCCUCGCCGCCCUCUGCUGGAUCAUCCGCUGUCCACUUAUCCAUCCCUAGACGACCACCUCCCUCUUUCUCUGCCUCCUCCUCCUGUUAUAUGCUUCAGGAGGAGGAGCCAUGGGAGACAUGCCCACCAUUUUCAAAAAUACGGCCCCCUCCAAAAGUUUCCCGGUUGGACAUCGGCAGCACCAGAUUGAUGAGGGACUGUGUGUACCCGCAGCUCCCUCCACUGUGUACCAGGGGACCACCUGAAGCCAUCUUUGACCCAGCUGAGCCUGCAGGGGAGUCAGUUGGACUAGGUUUGUUAGAUGAAGCCGCUGGGCUAUUGGCGCCAACACAGCCUGCAGCUCCAUUCGGGGAAUUGCCAGACCCUCUUAGUCUGGAUGUUUCCACCCAGUCGGAGGGAGGUUGUCUGUCCCUAGAGGUUGGCGCUCAGCACCAGUUACCCCUUUCGCCCUCCCCACUUAGUACCUGGACGCUUGGGACAAGUGAUACUCUCACCAGCAGAGCCGAUAGGACACAGCAUAGCACAUCUUUGCAUAUCAGCCCUUCCUCUCCAUUACCCACAUCCACUUCUAGCAGGCCGCUGCCUCAGCCUUUCGACUCCGCUCUCUCCUGUUUACAGCCCGGCAUUCAAGCACAAUCCUCUGCACACGUGAAGUGCGGCAACACAUCCCCUCACCCCUCCACCACCUUAGCAACUCAUCCCCCACGCCUUCGUGGCGUAAAAGUGGAGUCAUCUGGCAAGAGGCCAGAGCUAAUCUCGAAGAGGGAAGCAAGAGGCAUCACUAAGUUGGCCAACCAAGCGUACAAGGAGCCCCUGGGACCUAUGGACAACUCUGAACUCUUGGCUUCUCUCUCCAAAAGGGCUCCAGGUAGUGGCAGCAGCAGCAGCGGCAGCAGCAGCAGGGACGGUCUCAGAGAGAGUCGGGGACGUGCAGUGGCAUUGCCUCCUGCCACUGCCUCAGGACAGAGCAACCAUUGCUCCAGGCUGCCAUCCAUCCCAACUAACAGGCUCCUUCAGGAGGAUUUCCUAAGACAAAUAUCCCCUUUGCACGGAGCAACCGCCUCCUACAUGACCAACAACACUCUUGCAUCAGCGGGAGGAGUCAUGACCUCAUUCGGGAGAAUAGGCAGUUCAACUUACCACCUACCUCCAGUCAAGGCUCCCGCAGGCGGCAAGAAGAAGAGCUCAAAGCACUGCUUCCUCUGCGCCAAGAAGACUGGCCUGGCCACCAGCUACGAGUGCAGGUGCGGUCACAACUUCUGUGCCACCCACCGCUACGCAGAGACGCAUGACUGCACGUACGACUACAAGAGUGCCGGACGGCGAAUUCUGCAGGAGACCAACCCCCUCAUCAGCGCUCCAAAGCUGCCCAAGAUCUAGAGCCCUCAGCCCCUCGAUCUCACGGGGGACGACCGUGAGAACCACAGGUUAAACUGACAGAUUUUUCAGCCAGUUCUGGCAGACAGGAAGCACCCUCUUCACCAGUGUGUGUUUUUUCUUUUCCUUUUCCUUUUUUUAUCAGCCAAGUUCGCUUCAAAUUUGAAAGGAAAUUCUCUGUCAAGUCAAGUGUGAACAAACAAGUGUCGACUGACAUGGCACAGAGUUAAUUAUCACCUCUUGACAAUGUGAAACUUAAUCGUCUUCAUCUGUUACCUUGUUCUUUUUCCACUGCGUGAAAAAAACAACAAAAAACCUGUGCAUGUAUGUAGGUAGUUUUUUGCUAAAUAUAUCUGCUGCACGUUCAGACACAUCUAUUUUUAGUUUUUUUUAAACUUUUUUUAAAAAAGAAAAUAGGACCACUGAUGACUUUUCAUUCGACAAGUCUUUGACAGAUGCACUUUAGAAAUAUCAUAUUUAUACAUUUACUUUAUACUUCCCUUAUUGAGAGGGGGAAGGACACUUAUAUCUCCGUUUGUCUUAUGAGGUUGUUGUAAUCAUCAAGAUUUUUUUAUAUUUAGCGUCUUUCUUACACAGGCACAUACAUACCAACAUCACUUACUUUUUUUUUUUUUUAGAAAACCAUACACAGACAAUAGACGUACUAAUGAAAUACUUAAUAUUUAUCAAUGAAUACUACUUAUUUAAAUUCAAGAUUGUUUUUUGAAAUAGUAAGUAUGCAAUGUGUGUAGGCGUGAAUGUCAGUUGUGAUCCACAUGCCGGUCAAGUGAAGUGUAUUAGGAUUGGGGGGCAUGGUUAUGGUAUUUAUGAUGUGUACAGUACAGUGGUUGCCAUAAAAAAAUCUUUUGUAAGUCUUUUUUUAUUGCUCAGCUGUUGCAAAAACUUUUAAAUGCUGUUAAAGUAUCUACAGGGGUUUGAUCUAAUAAAGUUUCUUCUAAGCGUUUUCGAUCCAA